AUCGGAGAGGACGUUCUAUUAUUCGAGGAGGGUUAUUAAAAAAUGUGUAAAAAACGGACAUCGUGUAUAGGAAACUGAUAAUUAAAUCCUAAAUAAUUGUCCUCUACAUUAUGAAGCGGGCCAAAAUAACCCGAAGCAGACUCGGCUAAUGAGUAAAAGGAUUACCAAUAGAGAAAAGCUGCACUACUGCAGGAAUUGAUUUACUCGCUCGCCAACAGUCCUGGGAGAUGGUGGGCAUUAGUGAUAUAAGUAAUAUCUUUACUUACCCGGAAAAAUGGAUACUGAGGUAGAAUUUACUUCUGAAAAAUGAUGGGGUUGAAUUUCUCUUUGUGGACAUUUGUGGUGGAAAAGAUAUUCGUGAUAUUUUAUGUGCUUUUGUUGCGUGUUCGUGCAGAGAAUCAGGCAUUAUCGGCUUAUAUUCCAGGGGACAUAAUUAUUGGUGGACUGUUCCCUAUACACCAGAAGAAUUCCGCAGAUCGGAGAGCAUGUGGUGAAAUCAAUCUAGACCGAGGAGUUCAGAGAGCAGAGGCCAUGUUACACACAAUAGACAGUAUAAACAAAAAUCCUAAAAUACUCCCAAAGAUCAAAUUAGGCGCCAAAAUCUACGACACAUGCGCUCGGGGAACAUUUGCAUUAGAACGAUCUUUAGAAUUCAUUCGUGGAUCAUUUACCUCUAUAGAUUCGUCCGACUUUUCCUGUGAUGAUGGCUCUAAAGCGAGGGCAAAUGUGACAUACGAAAAUGUGGCUGGAGUUAUAGGGGGGUCGUACAGUAGCGUUUCGAUUCAAGUAGCAAAUCUUCUGCGGCUUUUUAAGCUUCCGCAAAUAAGCUAUGCCUCUACAAGCGCGGAUUUGAGUGAUAAAGCUAGGUAUGACUAUUUUUCACGAACAGUCCCACCCGACAAUUUUCAAGCUAAAGCUAUUGUGGACAUUGUUGAAUAUUUCAACUGGACUUAUGUGUCCACAGUGGCGUCAGAAGGAGACUAUGGCCAGUCUGGUAUUGAGGAAUUCAAAGAAAAGGCAAAGGCACGAAAUGUUUGCAUUGCAGAAUCUAUAAAAAUAUUGUCCAACUCAAAUCCAUCAACGUUUGAUGACGCCAUUGUGAAAUUAAAAGCAAAAGAAAGCGCUAGAAUUGUGGUGUUAUUUUUGCGGAUCGAGGACGCAACGAACUUACUGAAUGCGGCGACUAGAAAAGGUGUGGCCUCGAGGUUUAUUUGGAUAGCUAGUGACGCAUGGGGGACGCAAGAAAAGCCUGUCCAGCAAAAUGCAGAAGUCGCGGAAGGGGCAUUGACUAUUGAGUUACAAUCUACAUUAAUUCCUUCUUUUGAUAAAUAUUUUAUGUCUUUGACCCCUGCCAACAACAAAAGGAACCCUUGGUUUCCAGAAUUCUGGGAAACUGUACACAAUUGCUCUUUUUCAGAUAAAAAUAAAGAGCAGUUUGAUAGACCAAAGUGUAAUGGUAGCGAGAGACUGUUACCUGCAACAUUUAAACAAGAAACAAAAGUGCAGUUUAUUCAUGACGCGGUGCACGCUAUUGCUAGAGCCAUUGACGCAAUGCUGAAAGCGUCCUGCAAAACGGAAGAUUUGUGUGAUGAAAUGCGUCAAAUCAAUGGAAAGAUUUUGAGAGAUUAUAUUCUUAAUACCACUUUUGACGAUGGUUAUGGUGCUCUUGUCAGAUUUGACGAAAAGGGUGAUGCUAUGGGAAGAUACAACAUCAUGAAUUUUCAGUGGAAUGAAACAUCUCAUUCCUACCAGUAUUCCACCGUAGGAAGCUGGACAGAUAGAUUGUCGCUAGAAACGGACAAAAUCAUCUGGGCGGGACGAACCAAGGAGGCACCGUCAUCGAGAUGUAGCCGACCUUGUAAAUUCAACGAAAUCAAAUUUGUUGGUAAAGAUGGUGACACAUGCUGUUGGGCCUGCAUUAAAUGCCAAGAAUGGCAGUAUCUAAAAGAUGAAUUUACUUGUGAAGAUUGUGGAGAAGCGAUGUGGCCAAAUACGGAUAAACGAGGCUGUCAUAGACUUCCGGAACAGCACAUAAAAAUCGUAUCUGUUUACGCCCUGAUUCCGGUAUUUCUUUCAUGCAUUGGUUUGAUUGUGACAUUCACAGUUAUCGUUACAUUUCUUAAACACAACGACACUCCGGUUGUUAUGGCGUCUGGACGCGAACUUAGUUAUAUGUUAUUGAGCGGAUGCGUUUUAUGUUAUUUAGUUACUUUCGUUUUAAUUGCUCGCCCGUCGACGAUUACAUGUGCCAUACAGAGAGCGGGAAUUGGUCUCGGUUUCUCUGUUAUAUAUUCCUCACUACUCACAAAGACGAACAGAAUUUCACGUAUAUUUGACAGUGCAAGGAAGUCUGCGCGAAGGCCUCCAUUUAUCAGUCCAAAGUCCCAAAUUGUGAUUACACUGGUACUUAUUUCAAUUCAGGUGCUAUUCAGCAUUGUUUGGCUGGUCUUAGAAAGGCCGGGAACCAGACUCUACACUCCUAAAAAUAGACGCAAUGAAGUGAUUUUAAAAUGUAAAACAAAUGAUAUUUCUUUUCUAGUCUCAUUGCUUUAUAAUAUAAUUCUUAUCAUCGUGUGUACCCUUUAUGCCAUAAAGACCAGAAAGAUCCCUGAGAAUUUCAAUGAAUCCAAAUUCAUUGGUUUCGCCAUGUAUACCACCUGUAUCAUAUGGUUGGCGUUUGUGCCUAUAUACUUUGGGACUUUAAAUUCAUUUGAGGUACAGAUUACAACCUUGUGUAUUUCCAUUAGUCUCAGUGCGACUGUAGCCCUUGUGUGUCUCUUCACGCCCAAAAUGUACAUCAUAGUCUUCCAGCCAGAAAAAAACGUCAGACGUCUGACAAUGAAUUCCGCCAGCUACAAAAAACCCGCCACUAAUUCAUCAUCAGUAUUAGCCGCCAACAACCACGAAUCAAGUUUUUUCGAUAGUUACACAAAUGAGAGAAUCAAGUUGAAUGUGAACUAUGACGAGAAACAUGGCGUUCGAACAGUUCCGGUUCCGGUUUCGGACAUAAAUGGGGACCAGGACAGUUUACAUUCCCUCUGACAUCAUUACCCUUUUAUAUGUUCUUAUGAAUUAUUUCAUGUGACUAAAACCUUGUCCACGUAUUCAACACACUGCAAUGUCGAUAUUGUAUAUUUCAGUUACUUUUCUAUUCCUCUUUUU